GCUCAAGUAGGGGAUGCCAAUCAAAGCAUCAACUUCAAAUUGUAUCUGAGAGAUCAGCCUGGAGACCUCAGGGCCAGGCGCGUCAGUCGGAGCGCAAUUGUUGAUCAGAUCACAUCCAGCAGGACUUUGCGCGAGAAAAAAGAAAAGAGAGAGGAAGAAGCCGAGAUUUAAGAGCAGGCUUGUGUUUUGACUGCAACACCAACCACCGUCUGUAUGUCUGUAGUAGAGCACUGACUUUGGCUUAAACACUUUUUCCUUCACUCCUCCUGGUUCUCCUUCUUUUUUCUUUUUUUUUUUUUUUCUUUCGCACACUUUUACGCACAGUUGUUGUCGGGACGCUGUGCGACACAUUUCGGCGGUGGAGAUGUCUUUCCCCCAGCUCGGCUACCCGCAGUACUUGAGUGCGUCCCAGGCGGUGUACGGGGGCGACAGACCGGGAGUUCUGACGUCUUCGUCCCGGGGAGGAGGUGCAGAUAUCGGGGGAAGUCCGUCCGCCACCGCAGCGGCCGCGGUCACCUCGGUGCUGGGCAUGUACGCCAACCCGUACGCACACAACUACAGCGCUUUCUUACCUUACACCAGCGCGGACUUGGCUCUUUUCUCACAAAUGGGAUCCCAGUACGAGCUGAAGGACAGUCCUGGCGUCCAUCCUGCCAGCUUCGCAGCCCACACGUCUCCGGCCUUCUACCCUUACGGCCAGUUCCAGUACGGGGACCCGGCCAGACCCAAGAACGCGACCCGGGAGAGCACCAGCACCCUGAAGGCCUGGCUCAACGAGCACCGGAAGAACCCGUACCCGACCAAAGGAGAGAAGAUCAUGCUGGCCAUCAUCACCAAGAUGACCCUGACGCAGGUCUCCACAUGGUUCGCCAACGCCAGACGGAGGCUCAAGAAGGAGAACAAGGUGACGUGGGGCAGCAGGAGCAAAGAGGACGGAGAGGAGGAGGACGCCAACCUGUUCGGCUCCGGAGACGACGAGGCGGAGAAGAACGAAGACGAGGAGGAGAUCGACUUGGAGAGCAUCGAUAUUGACAAAAUCGACGACAACGACGGGGAUCAGAGCAACGAGGAGGAUGAUGAUAAGUCCACGGAGGGGAGUAGGGACCACAGGGUGGGUGGUGGUGUAGGUGGGGACUUGGUGGACACUUUGGAGAAGAGACGCGUCUUUGCUCUCCAGGCCCACGAGGCCUUUGACAAAUCCAAGAGCGCACUUUCGGUUCACCCAGGGAGUAAGGAGAACAACGACAACAACAACAACACAACAAGAGUUUUGUCUCCGGAUAGACCCGGGAGCUUUCCUCUCCCGUCUAACAAUAAGCCCAAGAUCUGGUCUUUAGCAGAAACCGCCACUAGUCCUGAUAGUUCCACUCAGAAAUCCACGUCUCCUCCUUGUGCCACCACUCACUCAUCAUCUGCGUCACAGCAGCACCAUCAGAUCCAGACGCACCCGGCCUUCCUCCCAAGUCACGGACUGUACACAUGCCAGAUUGGAAAGUUCCACAACUGGACAAACGGGGCUUUCCUGGGCCAGAACUCCCUGCUCAAUGUGAGGUCGUUUCUGGGAGUAAACCAGCACCAUCACCACCACCACCAUAAUAACCACCACUUGGCGGCCCAGCAGCAGCAGCAGCAGCCGACGUCAGUGGUGGUGUCGCCGGUAGCAGCUGCAGCAGCACUCAGCAACGACAGCAGCAGCAGCAGCAGCAGCAGCAAGGCCUCACCAGAGACACACAGUCCCAAGCACAUAGACCAUGAAAACGGUGUAAGGUCUGAUUCACCUCCAACACAGAUCCUGAAGUCUUCCUUUCGACCCAUCCAUGACAGAUCCUCUCUGCCUUCCAGCGCCAGGAGUCCACAAGACGCCACGCAACGAGUCCUCACUGCUCUCUCCUCGGCUUGAUCAAGACACUUUUUUUUCGUGCUUGGAAAAAAAAAAGAAAAAGAAAAAUAGAAAAAAGACUUUACACUCCAUAAAAAAGGAACACUGAGAAAUAAUAAUGCAGCGUAGCAUUCAGUCGGUACAGAACAAAU